AUGUCGUCUUUCUGGGGCGAUCAGCCAGCCUACGCUACCGCAUCCCACACAGCGUGGCACGGCGACAUACCAGUAUACACAGCCUCCAACGCGUACUACGAUUCAGAUCAGCAGUACGAAGACGACAGUACCGAAUGGCCAUUACAACAACUCCAGCCCUACCGACCCUCACCACAGCCACUGCCCAUCCAGUACCGCUAUCGCACACACAGACGCAAACAUCAUCGCGGCCGCCGCCCUGCGAGAACAAAUCAGCAACCACCAACAAUGACGCACGAAGAGCAGCUGGCAACCUACACGGCUCACCACCUGAUCCCAGCCCUACAGUCCUCCUCGCACCCGAUCUCGGUGCUCAUCAACUACGGCCACGCCAUCGUCCCUGAAUCGGCGCUGGCAGGCGACGACAACAGCAGCAGUAUCAUGUACAACGCGCCAGGGUGCACGCUUACAGUGGUCCCGACCGCGUCGCCAGGACCAGCUCCUUGCACAGCCGAGUCGAUGAUGCAUGAGGGGACCGGGGGCAGUGGCAACAGCGCCCUGCUUCGAGCUUGUCGAAGAUGUGGUGUGCUCCGGGUGGUUGACGCCUGGGGUUUGUGUCGGGAUUGUGGGGUCGGGCGGUUGUUGGAUGAUGCUGGUAGCGAACGGGAAGGAGGACAAGGGGGUUGGCGGCGGCGGUGA